UGUGCUGCCUUCGUAAAUAUAGUAGCUGGAAAUACUGUAAAAAAUACUGAAUAGUUAAGUGAUAAUUAACUGGGUAGUGAUAGUGAAUAUAACCCUGUUAAAAAAUGACCAUUUUCAAGCUGGACAACUUUCCCAAUGUGUGCCGUCUGUGCCUGAAGGUGUUGAUGGGUGAUCAGAAGAAGGAAGAAACCGUGGGAAUCAACGGGCACGAUAAUCCGGCACUGAAUGGGAGCAUUUCGGAGUUUAUUGCUUCAAUCACUUUCGUUAUUUCCGAGAACAAAUCUCACUUGUUACCGCAAAAAGUAUGCCGUCCAUGCCUGGAAACGCUCCAAUCGUUCGCUAAGUACCGCAGCAAAAUAAUGACCAUCCACUUGCUAAUGAACGGAUUGGUAGAACUUAAACGGUCAAAUCCGGUUCCCAUGUUGCACCUAUUUCAAAGCAAUGAAAGAGAAGUACGUUCCGUUCUCAAAGAUCUGGACUUGUGUACCACUGAUGAUGCAACGGUUCAAGAUCUAUUGAAGGAAUUUCCAUCAUAUGCAAUAGCUACGCUUGCCGAUCCCGGUUAUAGCCUACCUUCUGCAGUAGAUGUGCCACAAACCUGUGCAGAUGAUGAAACCUUCGAUCCGGAUAUGUUUUUCAACAAAGAUGAAGACAUUGCAUCAACAUUGCUGCCAGAACUCGGAAACGCGCAACUUUUCUAUGAUAGCUAUACCGAACAAUCAGAUAUUAAUUCGGAAAUCAGUACCGAAACCUAUAGCUCGGUUUAUACUGAACACGGAGACAAAUUCGAUGAAUGUUCACUGGAUCCAGCAGAAGACAGUAUCAGCAGCAGCAGCAGCAACAGCAAAAUCAAACUCACAGACAGGCUGCAAUGCAACAAAUGUAAAUAUUCAACAUUGUACGUUCAAAACUAUCAAAUCCAUCAGCAAAAACACCGAAAAAUAGAAACUCGUCGAUUUCACUGCAUCGAGCCAGGAUGUUCGGAAAGCUUCAAAGAAUACGCAGAGUACCGGGUCCACUGCGUUUCUUUGCAUGCAUUAUACAUCUGUGAAACAUGUGGUCUUCGCUGCUCCACGCAAUCCACUUUGGAUGCUCACAAAACGCGCCACCUGACGGAGUAUGCCCUAACUUGCCCGUACUGCAAGAAGUCAUACAAAAACAGCAACGAGAUGCGCAAUCAUAUCAAGUUUUGGCAUGAAGCGGCAACCAGUUAUCCAUGCGAUACGUGUUCGAUGACUUUUAAACGAAAGGACAUUCGAGAUAAUCACCAGCGGAGCCACAAAAAUGAGUACCAUUUUUCGUGCAAUUUGUGCGAUAAGAAGUUCAAAGAUUCAGCUGCAUUGAGAAGGCAUAGGAUUGAGGUGCAUGACAAGGUGCGACACAGCUGUGAUCAUUGCGGCUACGUUUGCCUUACGCGGUCCAAGCUCCGCGACCAUAUCGAAGGGAUCCAUGGGAUUCAGUCACGAUUUGUAUGUGCAGUGUGCAUUUUUACAACCGAUAGUCAAGAAAAUUUAGAUACGCACAAAUUACGUCACAGUAAUCCGAAAGACAUGGAAUGCGGGACAUGCUUGGGAGUCUACAGAUCAACGGCAGAGCUGACAGAUCACCUCUGUAUUACUUACAGGGACGACUACGUUUGCUGCAAUCGUGAUUUUAGGAAUCACUACCAAUAUAACAAGCACAAGCUUACGAAGCAUGAUGUAAGGAUAAAUGCACGGGUCAAACCGAUACCGGGCGUGCUUUUGGGCCAAAUUAAAGCAAAACGGAAACGCGUUGAGUGCUGUCCAAAAUGUGAGGCUGCUUUUCCGAACAAAAAUCUCAAAAAGCAACACAUGAAAGUCUGUAAUAAUGAAUGAGUUCUUCCGUCCGUAGUGAUGUUUUGAAAUAUGUUGAAUCUUUGUUUUUAUUUUAAUGUUUUUUGCAUAUACACAAUCUUUACAAACAACUCCAUUUUGCUGUGGUCGCUGUGGUAAAUAAGCUAAAAAAAUAGAAUUUUCUACGCGGCACCAUGAAUUUCAGGAUAAUUUUGUAAACU